UAAUUAGGUUUUGAUCGAGGCUGCUGGGUAAAGGGGAUAUAAGGACGCCACAUCUCUCAGACCCAGUCAGCCAUGAAGCUCCAAUCAGCAGCUCUGGGCGCCGUAUUUUUGCUCUCCCUGCUCCCAUCUGGGUGCUGGGGCAGGAACGAGGAGGAGCGUCUGAUCCACUACCUGUUUAAAGAAAAAGAAUACAACAAAGAACUUCGUCCUGCAAAGAGGCAUCAGGACUCCGUCAGAGUUUAUCUUGGACUAACACUCUCCAAUCUCAUCUCUCUGAAAGAAGUUAACGAGACUCUGCUGUCGAAUGUAUGGCUUGAAAAUAAGUGGUUCGACUACCGUCUGACGUGGAAUUUGACAGAGUUUGAUGGCAUGGAGAUGCUUCGUCUCCCAUCCAGCAUGGUGUGGCUGCCGGAGAUCGUGCUAGAAAACAACAAUGAUGCCAGGUUUAAGGUGGCCUACUACUGUAAUGUCCUGGUAAGAUAUGAUGGUCUCAUCGAGUGGAUUCCUCCUGCCAUUUUCCGCUCCUCCUGCUCAAUCAAUGUCAACUACUUCCCCUUUGACUGGCAGAACUGCACUCUCAAAUUUGUUUCUCUGACCUACAACGCCAAAGAGAUCACGAUGCUUCUGAAGGAGAAAAUAGAUGAAAAGACUGAAGUCAAUAUCACAGUUGAGUGGAUCAAUAUAGACCCCGCUAGCUUUACUGAAAACGGCGAGUGGGAGAUCAUCCACCGACCAGCCAAGAGGAACACCUACGAGCACAUUCCCAUGGAGAGCAACAAACACCAGGACAUCACCUUCUACCUGAUCAUCAAACGCAAACCUCUCUUCUACAUCAUCAACAUCAUCAUCCCCUGUGUGCUCAUCUCCUUCCUGGCUACACUUGUCUACUACCUGCCUGCUGACAGUGGUGAGAAGAUGACUCUGUCCAUCUCUGUGCUGCUGGCUCAGUCUGUCUUCUUACUGCUGAUUUCUCAACGGCUACCGGAAACAUCCAUGUCUGUUCCACUUAUUGUCAAAUACCUAUUGUUCAUCAUGGUGUUGGUGACGGUGGUCGUGUUGAACUGCGUGGUUGUCCUCAACCUCCACUUCAGGACGCCGAGCACACAUGUCACGUCUGAGUGGACCAAGAGGGUCUUUCUAGAGCAACUGCCCCGCCUCCUGCAUAUGUCCCGCCCAGCAGAGACGGAGCCAUACUUGGAUACAGCAAUGCCACGGCAAUCCAGCUCAGUGGGCUACAUCGCCUCAGCGGAGGAGUAUUACAGCGUCAAAUCCCGCAGCGACCUGAUGUUUGAGAGACAGUCUGUGAGACACGGACUGAUGGCCAGACCCACACAUGCAGCCAUUGUGAAACCUCCAGAGGAUGACGGUAUGACAGAUCAGCUGUAUGCGGAGAUCAAACCAGCUGUGGAUGGAGCAAACUACAUUAUCAAACACAUGCGCAGCAAGAGCGACUACAACGAGGAGAAAGGUAACUGGAGAGGAAUUGCUCGUACGGUGGACCGUCUGUGUCUCUUCCUGGUGACCCCGGUGAUGACCCUCGGCACCAUCAUCAUCUUCCUCACGGGAAUCUGUAACCACCCUCCACACCUGCCCUUCAAAGGAGAUUCACACGACUACAGAGAGGAGAACCCACGACUGCUGUAACACUUUAAUCACAACACAGAGUCAUGUGGCUUCCUCAGUGUUGGAAUCUUGACAACAAUACAAUGCACCAGUGCUAUGCACCAAAAUUCUCUACAGGUUGUUUGCAUUCAGGUGAUUACAAUGGCACAUUAAAGUCAGAUGGGGGGCAGAAAGAGAAGAAUGGCAGGUAGGAAUCAAUUGAAAACGAGAAAAGUUAGUAUGUUAAAGCUCAAGGUGGACCUGCGCGCUGCAGUUAUCAGAUUUUUACAUACAUUGGCUAUGAUCUCUAUACUUCAUAAAAAACGGGAAUUUUUUCCAUGGCUUAACUGAUUUUCUUGGCCUGGAGGUGAUCAGUAUCAUGAAUUACUCAGUCCUGCUGACGUACUACUACAUGUCUUGCCAGAUGAAAGGAGACAAGAGUCAUGAGGAGUCUAGGACUGAGCUUAGAGGCUAGUUGCGCCACUUUAACAGCUUUUCUCCCUCGUUUUGUCAUAAACAUGCUUUAAAUAGAAAAUCUGGUCAACUAUAAGCAAAAAAUCCUUGUGGAGUAAGUGACUGAGUAAUGAUGUUUUGUUUUAGAGCCUGUUUUCUUUGGUGUUUUUCAAACUUGAAUUUGAAGUAAAAACAAAAUCAGUAUGUUGUUGUUUUGACUUUUUUGUAUGUGGGUUGAAUAAAUUUCCUGUCCAGCAGACAUCCUGGUUUUAUUUUUUUAAAUGAAAUGCCUGUUUUUGAUAGCCAGGGGCCAGAGGGUCAGUGUAUUUUCUGGCAGUUACAUUUCUUGUUUGAAACCAGCCUCACAAAUCAGGAGAAACUCUUGUUAUACCAUUUUUCAGUUUUUGACAGAAAGUGGAUAAACAAGUUGUUUUCUAAUUUUUAAUAAAAAUCAGAAAGGAGUGAAAAACAUGCCACUUUUUUUUGUUUUUUCAGUCACACAAACGAAAACAAAAAGCUAAAUUUUAAGAAAGGAGUCUGUAUUCUGAUUUUUUUUCUAUUCCAUUUUUAGUUUCCUUAUUUUGAUAAAAGACUUGAAGAAAAGGAAAUCACAUGACCCAAUGGGAAAGGUGAACAUUUCAAAAUUAAAGCCUCCAUUUGAAAAUAAAAGCCAUCCAUUGUGUUUUACAGCAUAAUAACCAGCCUAAUUGCUCUACAUACAAUCUAUGUUAUAUUAUGUAAACUGUAAAUGUACUGGUGAAUUAAUGGACUAUAUGAUUAUUAGAUGAAAAUAAAUAAACAGAUCAUAUCUGCCUGAACUGCUGGCGGUAUGUGUGCAUGCUGUUUUUUUCUCUUAUCUAUUUUUUAAUUUUACUAAUUUAUUUGUACACAUAAUAUAAAUAAAGCUUUCCACCAAACAUACAAUCAUGAUUUGAAAAUUUGGUUUAUGUACAUGGAUAGAUGCCACCAGUAGUUCAGGCAUAUAUGUUCUGUUUAUUUGUAUAAUUAUUUAUUUUCUUUCAUCUUAUAAUAUUAAUACAGUCCAUUAAUUCACCAGUACAUUUACAAUUUACUUUAUUUAUCAUACACUGUAUAUAAAGCGGUUAGGCCUAUUAUUAUACUGUAAAACAUAAUGGAUGGUUAUUAUUUUGACAUGGAGGCUCUUAUUUUGAAAUGUUCACUUUUCCCAUUGAGUCACGCGAUUUUCUUUUCCUCAAGUCUUUUAUGAAAACAUGAACCCAAAAUAACUGAAUUAAAAAACAACAAAAACUUGACCCCUUUGUAAAGAAGAAAAAGAAACCAAGAAAAUUACCCUUUUCUGUUUUUUCCUAACCUGACAUGC